AACUGUCAAAUUGAUGUUGCUGCUGCCGCCGGGGUAUUCCAGACCGGUGCUGUGACCUAAUCUUAAAAUAGAAAUAAUAAACGAAGUCUGUCGAGCUUCUUUUUACCUGAACGUUACAUCUAUGUUAAUUUGAUAAGUGGAGCAAACAAGAAAUUACAUUCGCCAUGGGCGGUAAGACCAGAUUUCAAGAGUUUUGUCAUGAAUUCGCGAAGAUGUUUACAUGGUCUUAUAUGAAAGGGCUAAUAGUAAACCCUGCACAGUUAACAUUUACUGCGCUAGCCCUCGUCGUUGCCGAACUAAUAAUUAACAUACUAGUAGUGGAACGUGUGCCGUAUACCGAAAUCGACUGGAAAGCUUAUAUGCAGGAAUGUGAGGGAUUCCUAAAUGGAACAUUGGACUACAGCCAGCUCCGAGGAGACACAGGACCUCUAGUAUACCCAGCCGGAUUUGUGUAUAUCUAUUCAUUUCUGUAUUUCGUUACUGGCCAAGGUGAAAACAUUAAACUAGCGCAAUACAUAUUCAUUGGAAUAUAUCUGUUGCAGUUAUGUCUUGUUCUUAGAAUUUAUAUAAAAACAAAGAAAGUUCCACCUUAUGUCCUAGUCAUUACUAUAUUGACUUCAUAUAGAAUUCACUCCAUUUAUGUGUUGCGACUAUUCAAUGACCCCAUUGCUGUGCUUUUCUUGUAUGCUGCUCUAAAUUUCUUUGUGGACUCCAAAUGGUACCUAGGUAGCAUAUUCUAUAGUUUAGGAGUAUCUGUAAAAAUGAACAUACUACUUUAUGCUCCUGCACUAUUCUUCUUUUAUUUGACUAAUUUGGGUUUCAAGGGAACUAUUAUACAACUGUUCAUUUGUGGUAUGAUUCAAGUAGUGUUGGGGUUGCCCUUUUUGUUGCACAGCCCCAUAGCUUAUCUCAAAGGAAGUUUUGAUUUGGGUCGUGUAUUCAAUCAUACUUGGACUGUUAAUUACAGGUUCUUGGAUGUAGAAAUAUUUGAAAAUAAAUGCUUUCACUUGACUUUAUUGGCUAUACAUGUUAUCUUGCUAAUAAUAUUUAUUCCAAUGUGUAUAAAAUAUUUCCAAAGUUAUUGUCGUCUGAAGUAUGUACAGAAACAGGUUCAACCUCAAAUUGAUGCCAAAAAUUUAGAAAAUAAGAGGCAAAGUAAACUAAAGAAGGAGAUGAAGAAAAAAUUAAAUAAAAAGAAUGAAGAACAAGAAAACUUGACGAAAGAACAGGAGGAUUUCCUUAAUUCAUUUGAAGGAAUGUUACAGAAGUCUUCACAAAAGGGUGGAAAGAAAGCAGUUAAAAAACCACUAGACCAAGACAAAGAUCCACACUACAGUAUCAAUUUUGAUAUUUUAUCUCAAUUGUUUAUUCUGCCAAUGUUCAUUGUUAACUUCAUUGGUGUCAUGUGCUCAAGAAGCCUUCACUAUCAGUUUUAUUCAUGGUAUUUCCACAGCCUGCCUUACUUGCUAUGGUCCAAUAAUUACUCAGUUAUUUUUAGGUUUCUAUUACUUGCUCUUAUUGAAAUGUGCUGGAACACAUACCCUAGUACCUAUUUAACUAGUGCAUUAUUACAUGUUUGUCACAUAACUGUGUUAUAUGGAGUUUACAAGAAAAUAUCAGCUGAAUUGAACAUGGUUUCGAAAUUAGAAUAAUAAUUAAUACUGUCCUUUAAUAUGCUUAAGUAAUUUGUUUUAAGGCAUAAAAAGUGUUUACAUUUUUAGUUACACAUCAGUCGUUAUUUUUUUAAUGGUGUCUAGUACUUAAGCUGUAAUCUACAUUGAACCAUAGUGUAAAUU